UUUUAAAAAGUGAGGCAGGCAGGCAGCUGGAGAGAGGAGUGAGGGCAGCGGAGACACUCAGCGCUCACAGCAAGUGUUCACACCGGGAGCGAGCGGAGGCAGGGACACUUUCCCCCCUGUCCACUGAAACUAUUUUUAUUUCAGCACUUCGACAAAAACAGCAGAGACCCAGUUUUGCGUGUUGUUUGGAGCGUGCGGAGCAGCGCGCGGAGAUGGAGCUGUCAUCAAUCGGAGACCAAGUGUUUGCUGUGGAGUCAAUAACAAAGAAGAGAGUGCGAAAGGGUAAUGUGGAGUAUCUACUGAAAUGGCAGGGAUGGUCCCCAAAGUACAGUACUUGGGAACCCGAGGACAAUAUUCUGGACCCACGCCUGGUGCUGGCCUACGAAGAACAUCAGGAGAAGGUCAGAGCUCUGGCCUAUCGCAGGAAAGGUCUCCGACCCAGGAGGGUCCUGCUGCGGAACAUCUUCGCCAUGGACCUCCGCAGUGCCAACAAGGUGUUGGAGAAGCCCCCGCCUCGACUGCGUCUCUCCCUCACUCGCUCCAUGAGCACAGAUGUGGACCAGGGCGAGCGGGCCAGCCUCUACCAGCGCCUCGCCAGGAGGAAGAGCAGGCAGAGGGUGUCCAAACGGGGACCACAGAGACCUCAGAACAAACCCACCAUGCUGCCACUGAUGAAGAGGGAGGAGCCCAUUGAGGAGGACUGGGGUGGCACCAGCGAAGAAGAGAAGCCUGAGUCCGAAGGCACUUCGGAGGAGAGACGUGACGACAGUUUAUAUGGUCGGUCAGAGUGCAGCUCCCCGCCGCUGCUGGAGCGUCAGGACUUAGAGAUGGAGCAGAAGGUAGACACUGACCUGACAGGGGUAGGUACAGAAACAUGGACAGGCGGAGGGACGGGACAGAACCAAUCAAAAGACAGUGCCUCGGUGCCUGAGGCCGUACUGGAAGAUGAGGUUUCGGUUGGCGACAGGUCAGACUGGGACGUAGGUGAGGAGUCAGAGUGUCCCACGUUAGAGUGCAGCGUUUGUCCCAGCAACAACACGACCUCGGUGGUAGUGAGCAUUCAGGGGAGCAGCGAGCCGGCAGGCGACUGCUCCGCUGCUGAGGCAGGAGAGGAGGAAGCUGGUGGAGACAAUCAGAGCGCUAACAUGAUGACAGCAGACAGUCAGACAGAAAAACAUCCCAGGAAGGUGAUUUUUACAGAUGUGACUAUCAACUCUCUGACGGUGACUUUUAAAGAAGCGAUGGUGGCUGAAGGCUUCUUUAAGGGCUAUUGAACGACGAGACAGAAAGAUCAAAAUAACCAUAAUUAUACUUGCCACUCAUUUUGUUCAUGUAAAUAGUUGUGUAUGUUCAGUAAUUCCACGUUUACAGCGCUAAACUCAUUUCCUACUGAGUUAAAUGAAGACAUUGUUGCCUUUGAAUUUAAAAAAUGAGUGGUAAUUUUAUCAUUGUGGCUCUUUUAUUAGAUGAGAUAGGAAGCCCGAGGCCCUGAAAUGUCCUCAAAUCAUCCAUCGCAGCCCAGCGGACUAGAUGGAUCCCAGUGGCAGGUUUCACUCCUGGGGUCACUGGGUUUACUGAGACAGAUGCAGAGACAGCAGACAGUCCACACUACUACUUCCAUGCAGCUACCUUUUUUCCAGUCGCACUCGGUCACACACUCGAAUCUGUUCUCGGGGCCUGUUUUCAGUCGCUCCUCUUUCUAACGAAUAAUGUUUUUGUAAAGAUAUCGCUCUUUUUUUCAGUAUUUGCACAGAGAUAACUGCAUGCCCCGUCAGUCUGUGCCACACAUGCACAAAGCCCUGUCCUGUGGUUUGUUGAAGAGGUUUAUUUAUGUCACAAAAGAAAUGAAACAAAGAGGAAAAAUCAAUGCCUGCCGCUUAUGAAGUUCUGCAUAUCAAGGAGGCUGGAUGCACAAAAAGAAGUCGUGUUUGCUGUCUGUCCGUCCUUUUACUUUUCAAGUAUGAAAUGCUACCUGGUUCUAUUUUUGUAUUACCAAUUGAUAGUCCACUCUUUUCACUAGCCUUUGUGCAUUUCAAAAGAAGAGGCAUCAGUUUACACCGCCGCUGUUCCGCUGUGUACAAAUGGAAGCAAAUGUACGUUAGGUCAGACUGUAGUGAGCUAUUAUUUAUUGCAUGUCACAUGUAUAAGCUAAACUAACUUAUGUCACUUAUAUGUGUCUUUCUCUGACAAAGAUAAACUGUCAAACAUGUCUUCUCUCUGAAAAAUUGAUUUUUAUUUUGACUGCAUUUCCAAUAAAUAUGUACUAAAAUAA